GAUUGAUCUUCCUUGGAAUUUGUGACGGAAACAAUGAGCGAUUCUGUUUCAGGGUUGAUUCUCUUCUCGGAGGUUGCAGAUCUUGCUGCGUUUGAUUCCAACACAAGGGCUUCUUCUUCUUCUUUGAAAUGUUGCGAUGUUGCGAUUCAGAUGUUGGUGGAGUUCAAGACUAUGAAGAAGAAAGGCUUGCUGGCCGCUCAUCUGGAGAAGACCUUCUUCAUUCCCAAGAAGAAAAGGUCCAAUCUUUCUAUUUCUCUUUCUAUUUCUAAGAGGAGGACUGACUUGUUGGCUUUCUGUAUACCCAAAAAGAAAAGAUCUAAUCUUGUUUCUCAAAUGAUGAUGAAAAGGAAGAGAUCUGGGGAGCAAGAUGAUCAGAUUCCAAGACUAAAGAGGCGGAGAGCUAUUACUGGAGAUGACUUGGGUCAAGAAAUGAAAAACAUGAUUAGCAGCCACGUCCCACUCUGGUCAUUCCAAAGGAAAUCCCCGCUUCGAUUUUCCCUCAUCAAGCUUCAUCUAUCUGCCGCCAGGACAACUGCGGUUAGUUAGUGUGCACAUUCUGAGGUAGUUUAUUCUCUGAUUGGGUUUCUUGCUAUGAAACCAAUCUCUAGUUAGUGCACAUUUUUAGGCAAAUUUAAUUUUAGAUACUCAUUGAUUGAAUUGGCUUAUUGUAGUCCCUUUAGUCUAACCAAAUUAAACAUUCAUGUGUGGUUUCUUAUACCAAAUUGAUGACAAAAUCUUCCUCUUUUUGUUUCCUUUUUCUCGAGCUCUGUACCCUCUCUUGUCUUUCAGCAGAGACUUCCAGCAAAGAAGAGAUCAUGGUUUUCAAAGCUGGGGUGCAUUCUGAGACAACCAUAAGAGAUU